AUGUGGCAAGUAAUCACUGCAUUGAGCUUAAGGCCAUGGAAGCUACAGCGACCGAUCGCUCUGCACAUUCGCCGAAUAUCCAAUAUCUCGGUCAUAAAUUGGUUCGUUGCCUCUCUGAAAAUCCAUGGAACCAACCUCAAAACAUUGAAGCAAGCUCACUGUUCCAUGAUCAUAACCGGUUUAAACAGAGACAACCUCAUCGUUGCCAAAUUCGUCGAGGCAUGUUCAGUUGCUGGACAUCUCCGAUAUGCUUACUCUGUAUUCACCCACCAGCCAUUGCCCAACGCUUAUCUCCACAACACCAUGAUCAGAGCUUUGUCUCUCGUCGACGAACCCAACGCGCACUCGAUCGCGGUUUUAGUCUACAGAAAGUUCUGGGCUUUAUGUUCGAAGCCUGACACGUUUACUUUCCCUUUUGUGCUGAAGAUUGCUGUUCGGUUGUCUGAUGUUUUGUUUGGGAGACAGAUUCAUUGCCAAACGGUGGUUUUCGGGUUUGAUUCCAGUGUCCAUGUAGUUACAGGUUUGAUUCAGAUGUACUGUUCCUGUGGCGGUUUGGGAGAUGCACGUAAGGUGUUUGAUGAAAUGCGUGUGAGGGACGUUACUGUUUGGAAUGCGUUGUUAGCUGGGAAGAGAUAUUUGGAGAAUCAGCCGAAGAGGAGAGAGAUCGUUAUGGCGCGUAGAUUAACGGCUGUGAUGUUAUUAAUGACGAAAACUCUGGAGGGUUUCGAGUUUGGGCUCAGGCUUAGGCCUUAA